AUGGCCGAGAAGGAUGCCACUGCGCGAUUGCGGCGAGCAGUCAAAGAAAACAACCUCUUCCUCGUGAAGCGGCUUGUCCAGCGGACUGACAUGCGGAAUCCGGACACCGCCCCCAAGCGGUACACCUCGCUCGCGUGGGCGGCGGUACUGGGUCACGAGGAGACGUUCGAGUUCCUGUUGAGUGCGGGACAUGACGACGACGAGCUCAGUCGGGAUUCCGAGAACAACACGAUUCUCAUGCUGCUUGCGGACCAGAAACCUGCUCCGUCGAGUGCAUACCUGUCCUCGUCCGCGUCGGAGGACAAUACGGGCGCAUACCUCCGCAUGGCGCGUCUCUACUACGAUCGCUAUUCGUGGGUCCUCGACUGGUCCAAUGUACACGGGAAGACCGCGCUCCACAUAGCUGCUCUGAAAGGAAACGAAGAGCUAGUCCGAAUGCUUUGCGACCUCGGGGCAGAUUUUGAUUUGUCGGAUAACAAGGGAAACACGCCAUUGCAUUAUGCAAGUUCUUGGGGUCACAUACCUACCGUACAAUUGCUUAUCGAACGAGGCUGUCAAUAUUCUGCGAGGAACAACCAGGGUUUCACAGCCUCGGAUUAUGCUUAUUCAUUCAGCACCCGGGAAACGUUGCAGGAUACUGCGCGAAUACAAUUCGAAAAUAACAAGAAGCAACGGCGAAAUAUUUUUGCCCAAGCUGCUCAGGCUGCUUCCAAAGGACAAGACUGGAAUGGACCUCUUUCUGCAAACAACCCUCCUCCUGUACCCGCCAAGGACCGCGCAAUCCCUAGAAUGAGGAGUGGUUCUGGAACAAGUCGUACGACUGCCACAUCAGACAGUGGCGAACCCGACACCCUAAUCACUGGUCAACUGUCGUCAUCGCCUCCUCAACCAUCGACUGGCUCCAGCUCAGCUUUUUUCGGGCAACCCACCCCUUCACACCAUACACCACAUGUGCCAUCAACGAGUAGUGCAGCAACCUUUUCUGCAGCAUCUAACACAUCGAAGGGCUCGAUGCUGAGCGCUCCAUCUCAUCCAGCUUCUGCCCUAUCGCCGAUCGUUAGUCGGAUGCGGGAGAGAGAUGCAGACGCGAUGGAGAAGUACUUGAAUCGCAAUAGGAGCGGGAGCCAAGGGACAGCAUCAACGGACAACAAGUCGCAGAAUGGGUCCCAUUUUGCGUCAGCUGGGCCAUCGGCCAACGGGGAUGACAUCACGGCGUUGAUGAGCGGGUCAAUAACACCGCGCAGGCUAAGACCCUCGGUAUCAGCUGCACAGCUUCGGACCGCCUACAACUCGAGCUCGUCGAAUUCAGGAAACGUACUUCCACAUCCAGAACCGCGAAGUCGAUCAGGAACAAACCCAAGCGCGGGACGCGGAGCUCCCUCUCCACUUCCACAGUUAACCCGGUCAUCCUCCACGUCGAAGUCAUUGCGCUCUAUUGCCAGUGCUGACAGACUAUCAUUUGACGACUCGGAGUCAUACGCUGGACCUUCAAGCCAGUAUGCGAGGUUCCCUGAACCACCGGUAGUGCCAGAGGAACAUAGUACGCCGACUGCAAACGGACGGAGGAAAGCCUUUCAUAUACUGGCUGCUCUGCAAGGUCUUGAACCCCAGAUUGGGUCAGGGCAUCGACGGGGGAUGUCAUCGACGUCACUCCGCGGAUCGUAG